ACAACAUUACUACACAGAUACAUCUAUCCAUAAUACAUUACUGGCAUGGAUUUGCAGUUAUUUGUAGCCGAGAUUAUCAGCGCUAUAUAUGGGUUAGUGAUGAUAGUCGUUCUGGUAGGAAUUAUGUUACAAAUCGCCGAAGAUGGAUGGCUCGCACCCAGCAGUCUUCUUUUCUUUAUUGUCGCGUGUCAAAUGACAAUAGCUGGUCUGUUACAUCCUCAAGAAGCAACUUGCCUAUUGUGUGGUGUUAUUUAUUACAUUACUGUGCCAUCCAUGUACAUGUUGUUAACCAUCUUUUCCGUUUUCAACGUACAUAAUGUUACAUGGGGCACGCGUGAUUCGAAAAAACUAAAUAUCGCUACUCAAGAUGAACAGAGAUCUGCAGCAAUCGGUACUAUAUCCGGAUUCAUGAUACGACAAAAGAAUAAGCAAAACAAAAAUGAAAAAGGUACAUUAGAAUUUUCCUUGGGAAACCUUUUCAAAUGCGUCUGCUGCGUUCAUUCAGGAAUUAGUUAUGAAGAAAAGCGAUUAAAUGAAAUUAACGAGUCUAUACAACAGAUAAACAAACAUCUGAACUUACUGGACAGAUUACAUGCAGUAAACAUAGAAACUGACGACGUUACCCAAUCUUCUAAUACUAAUGUAUUUCCAAGACUAUAUUUUACAAUGGAAGAGACAAGAAAAGAGGAAAUACAUGAAGGAAUCGAGUUACAACACAUAACUGAUAAAAGUGAUCAAGGAAAUGUCCUCUACAAGGAUGUCGACGAUAACGAAAGUGACAUUUUGACGCAUGAAUCAGCAACCUCGAGUCAGGAUCGGUCUAGUUUCCUCAUUAGCCCUUACUGGCUUCAAGACGAAAGACUACGAAGAGGCGUGGUGGAUUUUCUGUCAAACGAUGAAGAAGAAUUUUGGAAAGAUCUGAUUGGAAAAUAUUUGCAACCCAUUGAAAGUGAUGAAGAAAGUCAAAACAAAAUAACUCAAGAACUGAUCAAUUGUCGUGAUGCAUAUUUAUCAAAAUUCUUCAUGCUAAAUGCUUUGUUUGUACUAAUUGUGUUCCUUAUGCAAUUAAACAAAGAUAGACUGCACUUGCAAUGGCCACUUGGAAUGAAGUACAAUAUUACAUACUAUUCAGAAAAAAAUGAGGUACAUUUAACAAAAGAAUAUUUAAGACUUGAACCGAUAGGAUGCCUAUUUAUCGUCGCAUUUGUCAGUAUAUUAGGUAUCCAGUUCUGCGCUAUGUUAUUUCAUCGAUUAGAUACGUUUUCUCAUGUACUUGCUAAUACGAAACUUCCUUCUUGUACUAAGAUAACUUCUUCAGAAGACAGCGUUUUCGAAAAACAUGCUAAUAAGAUAGCACAGAUACUUCAAUGUAUGGCGGAGGACGACGUGAUAUUUGAACUCAGACGAAGUACCGUAACUUCUCUUAGCAAGCGAAAUGUACAUGAAUUACCGGGAAAUUCGAAGAGAUCAUCAAAGAGAUCAUCAAAGAGAUCAUUGAAGAUAUUAGGAAACUUUGAAAAGUUGUUUCGACGAAAGCUUCGUGAUCCAAGUUCAGGUUUAUCACAACGCAUGUCCUCGCAAAUGCCGAAAAGUGCGUUUAAUGCCUUUGAGCGGAGGCGAUCAACAAUUUUAGCAGAAAAAAGAAGGACACAGAUUCGACAAUCGUAUGAAAUUUAUGAUAAUGCUGAUAAUUUGAGAUCUUCGAACGAUCAUACUUUUCCACCAGGACAAUUGAGUUCCCAUCAAUUUCGUGAUAAUCCGGGAUUUAAGCAGGAUGAGACUAUAUGAGAUAUAUGAAAUAAUUUAUUUAUUUUGAAAUAUAAUACAUAAAGAAAAUUUAUAUAAUUUCUCGCUUCUGAUAUUGCAAUCCAAUAGAGAUGCACUAAUGUAGUAAAAAACCAAUAAUCUUAAACUUAUAUUAGCAUAUCUGUA